GUUUCCUUCGGGGUCUGUUCGAGAAAAGGCCGAAAAGGAAGGGGAGGGGCUGAAAAGCGCCUUAUCGACAGGGGUCAUCUGUAUUUUUGUGUGAACUAGGGGGCGUUACCUGGCAGGGAAAGAGAAUCGAAUCCCCUUUCUCAGCCUGACUACAACUCCCAUCGCUCGUAACCAAAGUGAUCCUUCGGCUUUCCCGGCGGAGGAAGAUGAGAGAAGAGGUGGCAAAACUGGAAAAACACUUGAUGCUUCUCCGUCAGGAAUAUGUCAAAUUGCAGAAAAAACUGACAGAAACAGAGAGAAAAUGUACCCUCCUAGCUGCUCAGUCAAACGAAGAGAAUGCCAGUGACUCUUUCAUCAGUCGGCUGCUUACCAUUGUGGCAGAAUUGUAUGAGCAGGAGCAAUAUAGUGACCUGAAGAUCAAGGUGGGAGACAGGUACAUCAGCGCUCACAAAUUUGUAUUGGCAGCCCGGAGUGAGGCUUGGAGUCUGGCCAACUUAGUGUCAACAGCUGAGCUAGAUCUGUCAGACGCUGAUCCUGAGGUGGCCAUGGCAAUGCUGCGUUGGAUUUACACAGAUGAGCUGGAGCUGCGAGAAGACGAUGUAUUCCUGACAGAGCUGAUGAAAGUAGCGAACAGGUUUCAGCUGCAACUCCUCAGGGAAAGGUGUGAAAAAGGAGUCAUGUCACUUGUCAAUGUAAGAAAUUGUAUCCGCUUCUAUCAAACAGCAGAAGAGCUGAAUGGCAGCACUUUAAUGAAUUACUGUGCUGAGAUAAUUGCUAAUCAUUGGGAUGAUUUGAGGAAAGAAGAUUUCAGCAGUAUGAGUGCUCAGCUCUUGUAUAAAAUGAUCAAAUCUAAAACGGAUUUCCCUUUGCACAAAGCUAUUAAAGUGGAGAGAGAAGAUGUUGUUUUCCUAUACCUUAUUGAAAUGGAUUCACAGCUGCCUGGAAAGUUAAAUGAUCUGGAUCACAAUGGAGACCUUGCUUUAGACUUAGCACUUUGUCGAAGGCUGGAAAGCAUUGCAACUACCUUGGUGAAUCACAAAGCAGAUGUGGAUAUGAUGGACAAGAAAGGCUGGAGUUUGUUGCACAAAGCAAUUCAAAGGGGAGAUAAAUUUGCUGCUAAUUUCCUGAUUAAAAACGGUGCCCGGGUGAAUGCUGCAACACUAGGAGACCAAGAAACUCCCCUGCAUCUUGUGGCAUCCUAUAACUCCAAGAAGCACAAACCAGAAGUAAUGUCGGAGAUGGCGCAGAUUGCAGAGUCCCUCCUAAGGGCAGGAGCCAAUCCCAACAUGCAAGACAGUCAAGGAAGAACUCCAUUGCACUCAUCUAUUGUUGUGAGAAACGACCAAGUAUUCAGUCAGCUGCUGCAGUGCAAGCAACUUGAUCUGGAACUGAAGGACCACGAAGGAAGUACUGCCCUAUGGCUUGCGGUUCAGUAUAUUACCAUGUCUUUUGACCCGUCUGUCAACCCCUUUGAGGAUGUCCCGGUGCAGAAUGGCAAUUCCUUUGAUGAGAACAGCUUUGCCGCUAGACUCAUCCAUCGAGGGAGCAAUACUGAUGCUCCAGAUACAGUGACAGGAAGCUGCUUGCUACAGAGAGCUGCGGGGGCCGAAAAUGAAGCUGCGGCACUCUUCCUAGCCACACAUGGGGCCACAGUCAAUCACAGGAAUAGAUGGGGUGAAACACCGCUGCACACAGCCUGCCAGCACGGUCUAGCCAAUCUCACCGCUGAGUUGCUGCAACAAGGAGCUAACCCAAAUAUCCAGACGGAGAAAGCAGCACCUGCCCCAAAGGGGACUGUCAUGCCUGGAACUGCGGAUAGUGUUAGUUUUCAAACUCCUCUUCAUAUGGCAAUAGCCUAUAACCACCCAGACGUCGUAUCGGUUAUCCUGGAGCAAAAAGCUAACGCUCUCCAUGCGACCAACAACUUGCAAAUAAUUCCAGACUUCAGUCUCAAGGACUCUAGAGAUCAAACUGUGCUAGGAUUAGCAUUGUGGACAGGUAUGCACACAAUUGCAGCUCAACUCCUGGGCUCCGGAGCCUCCAUCAAUGACACAAUGUCAGACGGACAGACUCUGCUACACAUGGCAAUACAGAGACAGGAUAGCAAGAGUGCCUUGUUCCUCCUAGAGCAUCAAGCCGACAUCAGUGUCAGGACUCAAGAUGGAGAGACAGCUCUUCAACUAGCAAUAAAAAACCAGCUGCCCUUGGUAGUUGAUGCAAUCUGCACUAGGGGAGCAGACAUGUCUGUGCCGGAUGAGAAGGGGAACCCUCCCCUCUGGCUUGCUCUUGAAAAUAAUUUGGAAGAUAUUGCUUCAACGCUGGUAAGGCACGGUUGUGAUGCAACUUGCUGGGGCCCAGGACCAAGUGGUUGUUUACAGACAUUGCUGCACCGGGCCAUUGACGAGAACAGUGAACCGAUUGCCUGCUUCUUGAUCCGCAGUGGCUGUGAUGUGAAUAGCCCAAGGCAGCCAGGUGCCAAUGGAGAGGGUGAUGAGGAGGCUCAUGAUAGACAGACACCAUUGCACUUGGCAGCUUGCUGGGGACUGGAAGAAACAGUACAAUGCCUUCUGGAGUUUGGUGCCAACGUAAAUGCACAGGAUGCAGAAGGAAAAACCCCAAUCCACGUUGCCAUUAUCAAUCAGCACAACACCAUUAUCCAGAUGAUGAUCUCACACUCUGCCAUCCAGCUCAACUUAAGGGACCGACAAGGGCUGACCCCUUUUGCCUGUGCUAUGACGUAUAAGAACAACAAGGCAGCAGAAGCAAUUCUCAAGCGGGAGCCUGGAGCUGCUGAGCAGGUGGACAAUAAAGGUCGGAAUUUCCUCCAUCUGGCCGUUCAGAAUUCAGACAUUGAAAGCGUCCUCUUCUUGAUCAGUGUCCAAGCAGAUGUGAAUUCCAGAGUCCAGGACACCUCCAAGCUGACACCAUUGCACCUGGCUGUUCAAGCUGGCUCUGAAAUUAUUGUGCGCAAUCUGCUGCUGGCAGGUGCCAGAGUCGAUGAGUUGAACAAGCAUCGCCAGACUGCCCUCCAUCUUGCAGCCCAGCAAGACUUGCCCACAAUAUGCUCAGUCCUUCUGGAGAAUGGCAUUGACUUCGCUGCUGUGGAUGAAAACAAAAACAAUGCUCUACACUUGGCGGUCAUGCACGGACGUCUGUCAAACAUUCGUGUCCUUCUGACAGAGUGUAAUAUAGAUGCAGAAGCCAUUAAUGCCAGAGGUCAGUCCCCAAUGCACAUCCUGGGGCAAUAUGGAAAAGAGAAUGCAGCAACUAUCUUUGAUUUUUUCCGGGAAUGUAUGCCAGAAUAUCCGCUUGACAAGCCAGAUACUGAUGGAAAUACAGUGCUCCUUUUGGCCUAUACGAAGGGAAAUGCCAACCUGUGUCGGGCUAUAGUGAGAGCUGGUGCUCGCUUGGGCAUCAAUAACAAUCAAGGGAUCAAUAUCUUCAACUACCAAGUAGCAACUAAACAGCUUCUCUUCCGGCUUCUGGACAUGUUGUCCAAGGAACCUCCCUGGUGUGAUGGCUCCAAUUGUUACGAAUGCAGUGCCAAGUUUGGUGUCACUUUGAGAAAGCACCACUGCCGGCACUGUGGGCGUCUGCUCUGCCAUAAGUGUUCAACCAAGGAGAUUCCUAUCCUCAAAUUUGAGUUGAACAAGCCUGUCCGCGUUUGCAACACCUGCUUUGACGUCUUGACUGUUGGGGGUGUUUCCUAGUUGGCUGUGAGGAGGGAAAUGACUCCCAGGGAAUGCCUCCCCUUCCACCUUGUAACAGGCGCCUAUCCCAAGUCACAUCUCACGGAGAAGGGGAAGCUAAGAGUUUGUCUUCCUGUUACAGUGGACUCUGACCAACUUAAGGGACCAUGCAAAUGCUAUAUUCCAGUAUAUAUGAUUUUUUGUGGGGGGUGGUGUAUUAAUGUUAACAAUGAAUAAUGAUAAAAAAACUGCAUUGGGAGAAAACUGGGAAUGCUACAGAGAAUCUGUGGGAAAACCAACACGAUUUGGUUGAGCUGCUCUGUUUCCAGGUCAAAGCAUUGAAAACCAAGAUUUUUGUACUUGCUGAUCAUGCAACAAAGAAGGCCUUCCUUGGUGAUAAAACUGUGACUUCGCUGUUCUAAAGUCUUAUCACACUUUUUUUUAAAGAAAAGAAAUAAUAUUGUUAGUACUUACAUUUCUGGGUAAGUAUGAGCUGAUCUGCCCCUUUUGCUACCUUUCUGGAGAGAACAUUUCUGGUGUUCUCUAAUAUAUAUUUUUUUUUACAAAGGGCAGCUGUGCCAGGCACAGUGACUGCUUUUACCCAAAAAGAGGUUGACCACAAGUUAAGUUUUUGUUCAACACAUUGCUGAAAAUUUUUGCGUGGCCUUAUAAUGAAAGCUUUACCACUUCUCCCGUUGAAAAGGAGGUUGACUAAAGCUCCUGGAUUUUCAGAACCCUUGUUUGCUCUCCUGCGUCAAAAUCGGGGAGCGAUGAGGCCAACUUUGCUAGCAAAUUCAAUCGGGUUUUCUUAAGAAAUAAUUAAUAAUCCAAGCUGUCUUUCGGUAAUGUAUCAAAAACUUUGCAAAUAGUCCUAUGUUUACAGUGAUGUUGAAGGAAGGUGUAAUGCUAUGGAACGAACUCCGCAUGCAAUGAUGAUGCUACUAUGGGGCAUGUGAAAAUGACUAAAGGCCGAGAUAAUGAGAUAAGGAUAACCAGGAGAGGUAGAAUAGUGCCAGUAGAGCAACCAACAGCAAGACAGUGACCCUUGGAGCUGGUCCUCUCCUUCCAUAAAUCUUGACGCUUGUGAUUUCUUACAAAAUGCUUAUGCAUUAAUAUGAUAGUUGCAGCUCACAUCAAGUCCACGUGUAAAGAGAAGCCUAUCUUGAGUCAGAUAAAGUAGAAUUGGCUUGCGGUUUUGUCUCUUGUGGGCCUCUUUCCUUGGACAAAGACAUUUUAUUGUUGUCAGGUGCCACAGCAGGUCUCUUCUAAAAUCUUGGAAUAUAUACAAGGGAUAUUUUAUUGGUCAUAUGUUUAACACAGCAAAAAAAGGGGUUUCUUGGGUUCAAACCACCAUGUACUUAAAUGUAGAGGAUUAGGGUGGGUUGGUGCAAUCUUAUAAACAGAACCAAACCCUGGAAGAUAAGCAAGUCUUCCAUUGCUUCAUGAAUGGGUUAAUUAAAAUAUGUGUCACUCUUCCCUUCAGUAACCACUACUUUUCAGUUGUCUAUAUGUAUGUAAGGGAAGGGAAAAAUAUUAACUAACUAAAAAUUGCAUCCUCUCUCCUUUCUAGAAUACUAAUGCGUCCUGUAAUGUUACCACAUGGGUGAGUGUAUGCACAUACACAAAACAGAGUGUUACUUUUUAAAAUAUAUUUCUGUGAUUUAAGGGACAUAACAGCUUUACAUGUUAAGCAAAAUGUCUGGGGAAAUUGAGUAGAAAGAGUCUUAAGGGGAAGAAGUCAAUGCUACAUUUCAAAUUGGAUCCCAGUUUGCUGCUUGGCCCUUCUGAUCUGUUGGGUGAAAAACUGGAAUUCUGCCUUCAGUGACAUUCAGGGAUGAUUAGGGGAUCCUUAGUAAUUAUUUGCCCUUUUCUAAAAUUCCUGCUUGUAUCCAUUUGCUUCAAAAGAAUGAACCUCUUGUCAUUUAACCUAUAAUCAGUGCAAUCUCUACCCGCUCAAAGAAAUAAGCUACUUUGUGAGGCUGUAGGCAGGCAGCUUGUUUUGGAUAACUAGAUGGGAAAUGCAAUAGUUCACCUGCUAACUCAUCACACUUCAUCUGAGCAAAUGGAGGUGGAAGGUGAACAAAUUGCUAGUUUUUCAGUUUACCUUGGUGAUUCUGGUAUUUUUUAAGAGUUAUUUUUUCAUAGACACAUUACCAUAUUUCUACAGUGGCAUUACGGACAUUAUGUAACAUUUCCGGGUUGUAAAUUGUAUAUAUGAUAGAACAUUAACAUGCCAAAAUUAAGCAGGCCUCUCUCAAUAUCAAUUGAGUUAUGGAAUUUCCCAGUUAAAGAGAUUCUCCUGGGGCAGUGUGCUUGAAUUUGAAAUGGACUUGGUGGAUUGCACAAAAGAAAUAAUUGUAAAGCACUUUUAAUAAAAACACUUGUAUCUGAGCCUA